AUGGAACUGCGCAAGCGGUUACUCUGUCUGCCCGCCUCUCUCUCCCCCCUCGUCCUUUUCCUAUCAGCCACCGUCCCCUUGGCUGCAGCAGACCCAACCCUGACGGAGGACUCAAGCUGCAACUGCUACCUCACCAACGGCAACCAGAGCAGCUACUUCACAGAGCACCGCUUCUUCGACUUCCGCCGCCUCUCCCAGUACGCCGGCGUGCCCGACGUUAUCGACGACGCCGCGUCAAGCCCCGGCGCCGACCCGACCAGCGCCUACUUCACCAGCGCGGAAUGGACCAGCUUCUGGAUGCUCGGCAGCUGGAACAACAGCCACGGCGAUAAGCGCACCGACGCCACCGUGCUGAUGGUCAACUCGCCCAACAACCUCUACAUCGAACCAUCAUCAUCAUCAUCAUCCAACCCUGCUGCCCAAAAUCAAGAGAGCGAGACCCACCUCACUCUCCGCACGCAGCGCCUCGCCACCUUCCAGACCGCCGCCGAGAUGGAAUCCGCCUCGACCUCCUUCCGGUACCUUUCGCUGCGCAUGCGCGCGCGCACUGUUGGAGCCGCGGGCGCCGUCACGGCCAUGUUCACCUACCGCGACGGCCCCACGCUGGCCGAGGUGCAGGAAUCCGAUCUCGAGAUCCGCACGGCCGACCCGUUGGGCCUGAUCCACUACACCAAUCAGCCGGCGUACGACGAGGGCACCGACGAGGUCGUCCCAGACGCGACGCGCAACGCGACCAUGCCGGAUGGGAAGGUAUGGACCGAGUGGGCGACGCACCGGAUGGAUUGGACGCCUGGGGUGACGGCGUGGUACGUGGAUGACGUCGAGGUGGCGAGGAUUGCGUUCCAAGCGCCGAAGGACGAGAGUAACAUCAUCUUGAAUGCGUGGAGUGACGGGGGAGGGUGGACGGGGAAUAUGACGCGGGGGGAGGCGGCGUAUUUGCAGGUGCAGUGGCUUGAGGUGGUGUAUAAUAGUACCGAGGAGGGUGAGGGUAGGGCGAAGAACAGAAAAAGGGAUGGUGGGGAGGCGAGUGGGUGUCGGGCGGUCUGUAGUGUUGACCAGACGCCGCAGCUCGGGAAGCCCGUAAUGCUCUGGAAUAAUGGCGCUGGGAGAGUCAGUGGCGCGGCCGGGGUGGUUGGGUGGAUGCCGAUAGGGGUGGUUCUGGUGAUGGUGCUGGUUUCGACGGGGUUGCUGGGUUAG